AAGGGGGCAGUUGACCUGCCUUUCCCAAGGAAAUGCUUCUGCGACCUGCACCCUCAUCUCAAGAAGAAGAUGGUGGCCUUGGAGGCUUCGAGGACUACUUCCCUGAGGAGCCCGUGGGCCUUCCCAAGAAGAAGAAACCCAAGAAGCUCAAGGAGAACAGGUCCAAAGGGAAGCGGAAGAAGAAGGAGGGAAGCAACGACGAGCUGACGGAAAAUGAAGAGGACCUGGAAGAGAAGUCAGAGAGCGAGGGCAGUGACUACUCCCCUAACAAGAAGAGGAAAAAGAAACUCAAGGACAAGAAGGAGAAAAAAGCCAAGCGGAAGAGGAAAGAUGAUGAUGAGGAUGACAAUGACGACGGGUGCCCGAAGGAGCCCAAGUCCUCAGGGCAGCUCAUGGCCGAGUGGGGCCUGGACGACGUGGAGUACCUGUUCUCGGAGGCCGACUACCACACGCUGACCAACUACAAGGCCUUCAGCCAGUUUCUCAGGCCGCUCAUUGCCAAGAAGAACCCGAAGAUCCCCAUGUCCAAAAUGAUGACUGUCCUGGGUGCCAAGUGGCGGGAAUUCAGUGCCAACAACCCUUUCAAGGGCAGCUCAGCAGCGGCAGCUGCGGCAGCGGUGGCUGCGGCCGUGGAGACAGUCACCAUCGCCCCCCCGUUGGCCGUCAGCCCCCAGCAGGCGCCCCAGCCUGUACCCAUCCGCAAGGCCAAGACCAAGGAGGGCAAGGGGCCGGGAGUGAGGAAGAAGAUCAAAGCCUCCAAGGAUGCGAAGAAAAAGGGCAAGGGGAGAAAAGUGGCUGGGCUCAAGUUCCGCUUUGGAGGGAUGAGCAACAAGAGGAAGAAAGGCUCCUCGAGCGAGGAAGAUGAGCGGGAGGAGUCAGACUUCGACAGCGCCAGCAUCCACAGCUCCUCCGUGCGCUCCGAGGGCUCGGCAGUUCUGGGGAAGAAGAGCAAGAGGCGGCGCAAGAAGAAGAGAAUUGACGAUGGUGAUGGCUAUGAGACGGACCACCAGGACUACUGUGAGGUGUGCCAGCAGGGCGGGGAGAUCAUCCUCUGCGACACCUGCCCACGAGCCUACCACCUCGUCUGCCUCGACCCAGAGCUGGAGAAGGCUCCUGAGGGCAAGUGGAGCUGUCCUCACUGUGAAAAGGAGGGGAUCCAGUGGGAGCCGAAGGACGAUGAGGAUGACGAGGAGGAGGGCGGCUGCGAGGAGGAGGAGGACGACCACAUGGAGUUCUGUCGCGUGUGCAAAGACGGCGGCGAACUGCUCUGCUGCGACGCCUGCCCGUCCUCCUACCACCUGCACUGCCUCAACCCGCCGCUGCCCGAGAUCCCAAACGGUGAAUGGCUCUGCCCGCGCUGUACUUGCCCCCCACUGAAGGGCAAAGUCCAGCGGAUCCUACACUGGAGGUGGACGGAGCCACCCGCCCCCUUCAUGGUGGGGCUGCCAGGGCCCGACGUGGAGCCCGGCGUCCCCCCACCCAAGCCCCUGGAGGGCAUUCCAGAGAGGGAGUUCUUUGUCAAGUGGGCUGGACUCUCCUACUGGCACUGCUCCUGGGUGAAAGAGCUGCAGCUGGAGCUGUACCACACGGUGAUGUAUCGCAACUACCAAAGAAAGAACGACAUGGACGAGCCGCCGCCCUUUGACUACGGCUCUGGCGACGAGGACGGUAAAAGCGAGAAAAGAAAGAACAAGGACCCUCUCUAUGCCAAGAUGGAGGAGCGCUUCUACCGCUAUGGCAUCAAGCCCGAGUGGAUGAUGAUUCACCGCAUCCUGAACCACAGCUUCGACAAGAAGGGGGAUGUGCACUACCUGAUCAAGUGGAAGGACCUGCCCUACGACCAGUGCACCUGGGAGAUUGACGACAUCGACAUCCCCUACUACGACAACCUGAAGCAGGCCUACUGGGGCCACAGGGAGCUGAUGCUGGGUGAGGAUGCCAGGCUGCCCAAGAGGCUGGUCAAGAAAGGCAAGAGGCUGAAGGAUGAUAAACAGGAGAAGCCGCCGGACACGCCCAUCGUGGAUCCCACGGUCAAGUUUGAUGCGCAGCCUUGGUACAUUGACUCCACCGGCGGCACGCUACACCCGUACCAGCUGGAGGGGCUCAACUGGCUGCGCUUCUCGUGGGCCCAGGGCACAGACACCAUCCUGGCUGACGAGAUGGGCCUGGGCAAGACCGUGCAGACCAUCGUCUUCCUGUACUCCCUCUACAAGGAGGGGCACUCCAAGGGGCCCUACCUGGUCAGUGCGCCCCUGUCCACCAUCAUCAACUGGGAGCGUGAGUUCGAGAUGUGGGCGCCCGACUUCUACGUGGUCACCUACACGGGUGACAAGGAGAGCCGCUCCGUGAUCCGGGAGAAUGAGUUCUCUUUCGAGGACAACGCCAUUCGGAGUGGAAAGAAGGUGUUCCGCAUGAAGAAAGAAGUGCAGAUCAAAUUCCACGUCCUGCUCACCUCCUACGAGCUCAUCACCAUCGACCAGGCCAUCCUGGGCUCCAUCGAGUGGGCCUGCCUUGUGGUGGACGAGGCCCACCGGCUCAAGAACAACCAGUCCAAGUUCUUCAGGGUCUUGAACAGCUACAAGAUCGAUUACAAGCUGCUGCUGACGGGGACCCCGCUUCAGAACAACCUGGAGGAGCUCUUCCACCUCCUCAACUUCCUGACUCCAGAGAGGUUCAACAAUCUGGAGGGCUUCCUGGAGGAGUUCGCCGAUAUCUCCAAGGAAGACCAGAUCAAGAAGCUCCAUGAUCUGCUGGGGCCGCACAUGCUGAGGCGGCUCAAGGCCGAUGUGUUCAAGAACAUGCCGGCCAAGACCGAGCUGAUUGUUCGGGUGGAGCUGAGCCAGAUGCAGAAGAAGUACUACAAGUUCAUCCUCACGCGGAACUUCGAGGCGCUGAACUCCAAGGGGGGCGGGAACCAGGUGUCGCUGCUCAACAUCAUGAUGGACCUAAAGAAGUGUUGCAAUCACCCCUAUCUCUUCCCCGUGGCUGCCGUGGAGGCCCCCGUCUUGCCCAACGGCUCCUAUGAUGGCAGCUCCCUGGUCAAGUCGUCAGGCAAGCUCAUGCUGCUGCAGAAGAUGCUCAAGAAACUGAGGGAUGAAGGGCACCGUGUGCUCAUCUUCUCCCAGAUGACAAAGAUGCUGGACCUUCUGGAGGACUUCCUGGAGUAUGAGGGCUACAAGUAUGAGCGCAUUGAUGGCGGCAUCACCGGGGGCCUCCGACAAGAGGCGAUCGACAGGUUCAACGCGCCCGGGGCCCAGCAAUUCUGCUUCCUCCUCUCGACCCGGGCUGGUGGCCUGGGCAUCAACCUGGCCACCGCAGACACGGUCAUCAUCUACGACUCGGACUGGAAUCCACACAAUGACAUCCAGGCCUUCAGCCGUGCCCACCGCAUCGGGCAGAACAAGAAGGUGAUGAUCUACCGCUUCGUGACUCGGGCCUCGGUGGAGGAGCGCAUCACGCAGGUGGCCAAGCGCAAGAUGAUGCUCACACACCUGGUGGUGCGGCCGGGCCUCGGCUCCAAGUCUGGCUCCAUGACCAAGCAGGAGCUGGACGACAUCCUCAAGUUCGGCACCGAGGAGCUCUUCAAGGACGACGUGGAGGGCAUGAUGUCUCAGGGCCAGAGGCCUGUCACGCCCAUCCCGGAUGUCCAGUCCUCUAAAGGGGGAGCCCUGGCUGCCAGCGCCAAGAAAAAGCAUGGCAGUACCCCACCAGGCGACAACAAGGACGUGGAGGACAGCAGUGUGAUCCACUAUGACGAUGCGGCCAUCUCCAAGCUGCUGGACAGAAACCAGGACGCCACGGACGACACGGAGCUACAGAACAUGAACGAAUACCUGAGCUCCUUCAAGGUGGCGCAGUACGUGGUGCGGGAGGAGGACGGCGUGGAGGAGGUGGAGCGGGAGAUCAUCAAGCAGGAGGAGAACGUGGACCCCGACUACUGGGAGAAGCUGCUUCGGCACCACUACGAGCAGCAGCAGGAGGACCUGGCCCGCAACCUGGGCAAGGGGAAGCGCAUCCGCAAGCAGGUCAACUACAACGACGCCUCCCAGGAGGACCAGGAGUGGCAGGACGAGCUCUCGGAUAACCAGUCCGAAUAUUCCAUCGGCUCCGAAGACGAGGAUGAGGACUUUGAGGAAAGGCCGGAAGGGCAGAGUGGACGGAGACAAUCCAGGAGGCAGCUGAAGAGCGACAGGGACAAGCCCCUCCCACCUCUUCUCGCUCGUGUGGGUGGCAAUAUCGAGGUGCUGGGCUUCAACGCCCGGCAGCGGAAGGCCUUCCUGAACGCCAUCAUGCGCUGGGGCAUGCCCCCCCAGGACGCCUUCAACUCCCACUGGCUGGUGCGGGACCUCCGAGGGAAGAGUGAGAAGGAGUUUAGAGCCUAUGUGUCCCUCUUCAUGCGGCACCUGUGUGAGCCGGGGGCUGACGGUGCAGAGACCUUCGCGGAUGGCGUGCCCCGGGAGGGCCUCUCCAGGCAGCACGUGCUCACCCGCAUCGGGGUCAUGUCACUAGUUAGGAAGAAGGUUCAGGAGUUUGAGCACGUUAACGGGAAGUACAGCACCCCGGACUUGAUCCCCGAGGGGCCCGAGGGCAAGAAGCCAAGCGAGGUCAUCUCCUCGGACCCCAACACGCCAGUGCCCGCCAGCCCUGCCCACCUCCUGCCGGCCCCACUGGGCUUGCCAGACAAAAUGGAAGCCCAGCUGGGCUACACGGAUGAGAAGGAGCUGGGAGCACAGAAGCCAAAGAAGCCCCCAGAAACUCAGGCCCUGCCGACUGUCCUGGACCGAGUGGAGGGCGAGGACAAGCCUGAGAACUCAGAUGGCCAGGAGCGACUGGAGGACACAGAGAAGACCCCGCCGUCCCCGGAGCAGGCGCCAAAAGAAGUGCUUCCUGAGAAGGAGAAAAUCCUGGACAAGCUGGAGCUGAGCUUGAUUCACAGCAGAGGAGACGGCAGCGAUUUCAGGCCAGUAGAUGACACCAAAGUGGAGGAGAAGGAGGCCAUUGAAACACAGCAAAACGGUGACAAAGAGGAAGAUGAGGAGGGGAAGAAGGAGGACAAGAAUGGGAAGUUCAAAUUCAUGUUCAACAUUGCAGAUGGGGGCUUCACAGAGCUGCACACGCUGUGGCAGAAUGAGGAGCGCGCUGCUGUGUCCUCGGGGAAAAUCUACGACAUCUGGCACCGGCGUCAUGACUACUGGCUGCUGGCGGGCAUCGUGACGCACGGCUACGCCCGCUGGCAAGACAUCCAGAACGACCCGAGGUACAUGAUCCUCAACGAACCCUUCAAGUCAGAGAUCCACAAGGGCAACUAUCUGGAGAUGAAGAACAAGUUCCUGGCCCGCAGGUUCAAGCUGCUAGAGCAGGCCCUGGUCAUCGAGGAGCAGCUCCGGAGGGCCGCGUACCUUAACAUGACCCAGGACCCCAACCACCCAGCCAUGGCCCUCAACGCCCGCCUGGCCGAGGUGGAGUGCCUUGCGGAGAGCCACCAGCAUCUGUCCAAGGAGUCCCUUGCCGGGAACAAGCCAGCCAAUGCCGUCCUGCACAAGGUCCUGAACCAGCUGGAGGAGCUGCUGAGUGACAUGAAGGCCGACGUGACGCGCCUGCCCUCCAUGCUGUCCCGGAUCCCGCCCGUGGCUGCCCGCCUCCAGAUGUCCGAGCGCAGCAUCCUGAGCCGCCUGACCAACCGCGCCGGCGACCCCACCGCCCAGCAGGGCGCUUUCGGCAACUCCCAGAUGUACAACAACAACUUUGGGCCCAACUUCCGGGGCCCUGGACCGGGAGGGAUUGUCAACUACAACCAGAUGCCCCUGGGGCCCUACGUGACCGAUAUCUAGCUGUCCCCGCGAUGUCCCUCUGUUGCAGCGCUCAUUUCCAGCUGAGCCAUGCCUGCCGGGCUACUGGCCCGACCGCCACAGGAGAGAAAAACUACCGCCUUUUUAGGAGCCGUGCCAGCUUGGGACAGAAAGGGAAACUGAGUCAUGCCAUCACAGGGGGCCGAGGCCCAGCCUGGCUGGGCCAGAGCCUGGAAGUGCCACCUCGUCGUCAUGCAAGCGUUCCACCCAGUGUCACACCCUCCCCACUCGGGGACGCGCCCCUUGGCGGCCUCUGCCAGAUGACUUCUUAGAAGAGAUUUCAUUUAUUUGUACAUCUUUUGCACUUUCCUAUUGAAGACUUGAAAAGUUUGUCUUGAUAAAAGUUGAGUGACGUGCAGAGGGGGUCUAACCCACUACACGUAACGUCUGUCUCUGUCGACGGGCUCCAGACUGCGAGGGAAGAUUCUAGAAGCCUGGCUGUUGCCCCAUGGACUUGGUCCACCUGGGCAGCCCUCAGUGUGCUCCUGCCCACUCCAUCCCGUCCACGCUGCCUGACCACCCGUGUCCCGGCCCCCUGGCCCUUGGGGCUCCCCAGGCCUGGGUGCCCAGCCCGAGGGUGGAGACCUCAGCAGAUGCCCGGGGCAGGGGUUUUAUUCGUCCCCCUUCCUCCCAGGGCUGGAGACCACCAGGUAUGUGCUGUCUCUGUGGGGGAGGGGGCCCAGUCAGCAGGCGUCUGGCCCUGGCCCAGCGAGAUCUCCUGGGAGGGGGGAGGGGCCUGUGCGGGGAGGGGAUUCCUCUCUGUGGGGAUGUGGUUAGCAUCCUGUGGGGAAGGUCACAUCCUGCGAGUGGCCCAGGAGAUCCUGGUCCUGCCCUGUGCCCAGGGGGCCCCAUCACACCCACUUCCGGGUACAUGCUCCCUGUUCGGUGUCAUGGCCACAGAUCCAAGGAAACACCCCUUCGAGCCUGGACUUCUCCCUGCCGUCCUGUCCCCAGAGAGGCCUCUAUGUGGCACUUGCUGGGGCCCAUGUCACAGCCACUCUUGCUGUGUUAUCAGAUGGCCUGGGAAAAGAAAGCUCUGCUUGGAGGCAGGGGACUGGACCCCCCCCCCCCGGGGCCCGUCUGUGUCUGGUGCCUCCUGCGUGCAGGCUCGACCAGAAGUGUUCCCGGCCAUGGGCGGGUGGGUCCUGGGGGAGUGCCCGGGGUAGAGAAUCCAGGAUGGGGCAGGAUUUGGGGGCUUGUCUUGGGGCCUCCGGCAAUCAGCCAGCCCUAAGGGUCCCAGGACCCAGGUGUCCUUUGUAAGUGGCUCUCUGUGCAUCCCAGGAGGGCUGGACCCCAAACCCUCUUCCAUCCUGGUGUCCCCUUGCUUCAGUCUCUGUGAAAACCCCCAAGGCUGAUGCGGCCCAAGCUCUGAGGUGAGGGCGGUAGGGAGCAUCUGGAACAUGUCUGUAGGCUUCCAGGGCGUGUGUGCGGCCGCACUGACCUCGCCUUCCGGGAAGGGCAAGGUCCCCCGUCCCCUGUGGUUCCUCCAGGGCUGCGCGCACAUGUUGUGUCUUGCGGUCAGUGCCUCCUGCAGAGGCUCUUGGCCACAGGCAAGGUGACCACGUGACCCACGUCCUUCCCAGCCCUGUGAUGCUCCCCUCCCAGACCUCGGGUCAGCCCUGUGGCUGGCCUCGCUGGGCACAGUGCUGACCUUCCCUGGGCACAGUGGGUGGGGCCUGAUUUCCAGGCACCUCGAGGGGCAGGAUCUGCAUCAUCACUGUCUUGCCCCAAGGGCUGGUGGCCCCCCUGCUGUCAGCCCUUCAUCCCUAGGAAGCCUCCCUCUGUCCCCCUUCCCCCAUCUUUCCUUCCAUCCCAGACCUCCCCGCUGCUCCCCUCUCCCGGGCUGGAGCCAGGCACCCACUGAUGGCCGGAUCUAGGAAGGGCUUAGCUCUUUGCAGCGAGCAGCCCCCCGAGAGUCCCGGAACCGGGGGGCUUAGGACAGUUGUGGGGUGGGUUUCUGGUCUGCUGGCUUGAGAGAGGAAAAUGGGUCUCAGACUUUCCUUCUUAGUUUAUCAGUUAUCUCCAGCCAAGAGUGGUGGCGGGCCAGUGCGGCGUCCCCGUCUCUGGCUUCUCCCGGCUGGCUUUGGUUUUUGCUGUUGGCGGAAUGAGGGCCUUUGCCUAUGGGCAGAAUCCUCAAGUACCAGCCCAGUUCUGUUUCCAGCCACCCUAUUAUUUAAACCAGUGCUGAGUACACUUUCUGUCAAACCAUGUUUGGGCCACGGUUUUGGAAAGCAUUGCCUGCUGGGCUCCCCAGGGGGCGAGGGGAGCUUGGGCUGGACUGACCACGUCCAGAAGGGCCCCCCGGCACACGCCUGCCCGGGAAGUGUGUCCCGCAUGAGGAGUGCCUCCCUGAAGCCACCUUUGGAAGUUCCUUUGUUUUCUGCAACUUAUGACCAAGGCCUUGCUGACGCAAGGGGUGGCGGUGCCUGGCCUGCUCUCUGGGGCUCCUUCCCAGGGUCCUACGAGGCCUCCCCAGCCCAGAUCGUGGCCAGAUGAGCCUUGCCCCAGUGACGCGGCAGCUCUUGCUCCCAAGUGUCAGGUCCCAGAGCUCUUGAAGGCUUGGGGGGUGGGCAGUGUCAUGUAGAGGGUUGGCUCAGGGACAGGAGCGCCUGCAGAGCUUGGGGCGGGAGGGAGGACUUGGUUGAGACGUGGGGGGUCAGGUCAUGGCCUGGCCAUGGACUCGGGUCCCCCCCAACACCUGCGGCUGUGCAUUGCCCACUACCACCCCUGUCGAGGAAGGUGGCUCCUGCCCCAUUUUCUCUUUCUGGAAGUUUACAGGUCGUGGUGCAUCAGCCCAAAGUCAUUGGCGUUGUGUUUUGGGUUUUUUUCUUAGUUUUCAGAUUUUUUUUAAACAAAGUAUUUUUUUAGGUGCGAUAACCCAGAAAGGGCCCGUUGGGUGUGUGUGUGUGUCCUGAACCCCUGAACCCCUGACGGGGGGGGGCCGCUCCCUCUGUGCUGGAGCACGUGGGUGUGAGGGAGCAGAUCCUUGCGCAGCUGGCAUCUGGCCCAGCCAAGGAGGUCGGGCCCCUGGCCCUGGGGACACCCCUGGGCCAGCAAAGGGGCCCAGGGCUUCGGGGUGAGUUGGGAGGGUCCCGGCCAGGGGGCUGGGGCUGGAAGCUGAGCCCCCGUGAGUGGCGACCCGUCCGGUCCCCGGCAGGACACGGGAGAGGCCGGACAGCGCCUGCAGCCGACACGAUCCCUUUUUCUUUGUACUCUGUGUGUGCGUCUUGGUUUUCUGUGUUUUAAUAAAUCCUUUGGGAAAGGAUGGAA